AAGCUGCUAUCUGAGUGCCAGGACCAGCAGUGGUGCCAGUUCUCAGUGCAUAGCCAAGUCUUUGGGCCAGAUCCAUGCCCUGGGACACACAAGUACCUCAUUGCUUCCUACAAGUGCCGGCCAGGAAACCAUCGGGUCAAGACUGUGUGUGAGAAUGACAAGCUUAGGCUGCAAUGUCGACCAAAAUCCAUCCUGGCCAUUUAUUCUGCGAAUUAUGGACGAUUCCUGCGGGGCAAACCGGAGUGCGAUGCCCUGAACACUGGAGGACCCCAUAUAGAGUGCUUGGCUCCAGAUGCCCUGCGCAGGGUCUCUAAAAAGUGCCACCGCAAAGUGAACUGCACAGUGGCUGCUGACCAGGCCACCUUUGGGGACCCGUGCCUCCCUGGCAUGAAGAAGCAGCUGCGAGUCUCUUACACCUGCGUGCCCAAACAGCUGCUGGAGGAGGUGGGCCCUGACACCUCGGACCCCUUCCUGCUCUCGGACUACAUGCACGGUGGCUGGUACAAAGGGCCCAUGUUCUCCAGGCUCCGGGAAGACCGCAUGAUUUUUACUAGCUCCCUGGCAGCUUUUGCCCACCUUUGGGGUGUCCCAGAGAAAGUUGGUCUCUACUUUCUUUGUGGGGUCUCAGGAGGCCUCAUGCUGCUGCUGUGCAUCAUCAGCCCCAAAACAACCUUCCUCCAGGAGGUGGGGGAGGCUCUCAAAGACCCAGAGCUGGGGAGCAGCUCGGAGCUGGGCAGGACCAAGCUGCGGGAUGAGCAGGAUGAAGACCUUCCUGACGACAGCUCCUCAGACUCCUCCUUCCGCCGCCUCACCCGCACCUACCGGGCCACUGACAGCAUCUUCAGCCCGGAGCUGACGGCAGCCAUGGAGGGAGCAGUGGACCACCAGGGCCAUGGUGGGGAGGAAAUCUGGAUGCCCAAGGAGUCAAGCCCAUACUCCAUCCACAAGAUCAAAUCAGCCACCAAAUAA